AUGGCUGGUACCUCGGGAAGUGAAACUUUCAGGAGUGUAGGGGUACGGGGCUCCAAGGCACCGGCUCCCGCCCACCCUGCCCUGCUCCCCGCGGCGCCCCACGACUGGCGCCGGCAUUGCUCCGGGGGGCCCGCUGCUCCCCUCCCCCGGGCCGCCGGCGCCCCCACCCCCCCGGACCGGCCCCCACACUCGCGCCCCGCCGGCACCCCGGGACCCCACGCUCGCGCCCCGCCGGCACCCCGGGACCCCACGCUCGCGCCCCGCCGGCACCCCGGGGCCCCACGCUCGCGCCCCGCCGGCACCCCGGGGACACCACGCUCGCGCCCCGCCGGCACCCGGGGACCCCACGCUCGCGCCCCGCCGGCACCCCAGGGACCCCACGCUCGCGCCCGGCCGGCACCCCGGGACCCCACCGCUCGCGCCCCGCCGGCACCCCGGGACCCACGCUCGCGCCCCGCCGGCACCCCCGGGGACCCCACGCUCGCGCCCCGCCGGCACCCCGGGGACCCCACGCUCGCGCCCCGCCGGCACCCCGGGGACCCCACGCUCGCGCCCAGCCGGCACCCCGGGACCACGCUCGCGCCCGCCGGCACCCCGGGACCCCACGCUCGCGCCCCGCCGGCAACCCCGGGACCCACGCUCGCGCCCGGCCGGCACCCCCGGGACCCCACGCUCGCGCCCCCGCCGGCACCCCGGGACCCACGCUCGCGCCCCGCCGGCACCCCGGGGACCCCACGCUCGCGCCCCCCCCGCCGGCACCCCGGGGACCCCACGCUCGCCCCCAGCCGGGCACCCGGGGACCCCACGCUCGCGCCCCGCCGGCACCCCGGGACCCCACGCUCGCGCCAGCCGGCACCCCGGGACCCACGCUCGCGCCCGGCCGGCACAACCGGGACCCACGCUCGCGCCCCGCCGGCACCCCGGGACCCCACGCUCGCGCCCGGAACCCCGGGACAAGAAGAGGAAAAGCCCGGCACCCCGGGACCCACGCGCGCCCACGCCAAAAAGGGACCCCGCUCGAGCCCAGCCGGACCCCGGGACCCACGCUCGCGCCCGCGCGGCACCCGGGACCCACGCUCGCGCCACGCCGGCACCCCGGGGACCCCACGCUCGCGCCCGCCGCAACCCGGGACCCACGCUCGCCGCCCCGCCGGGCCCACCCCGGGACCCACCUCGUGCCACGACGGCACCCGGGGGACCCACGCUCUUAGACCCCGCCGGCAACCCCAGGGCAAGUGCCCCCGCGGGACCUGCGGCGGAUGCCCCGGGGCCCGGAUGCGUCCGCCUGGGCUUGCCCAGCACCGAGGGCGGCCCCUUCUCCGAAUCUGCCCCCCGCGUCCCGCCGGCCCCUGCACUGGCCCCUGCACUGGCCCCCGCGUCCUGCCUGGAGCCCCCGCACUGGCCCCCGCGUCCUGCCGGGCCCCUAGUAAAGGCCGCUCCUCCAGCUCCUGGCUCGAGCCUUGGUCUCCGCGAAAGCUCAGCAGCUGCAGACGCCGCGGGGUCGUGGGGUCGAGCACCCCACCACCUUCCCAUCCCCUCCCUCCCCUCAUCCUCCAAGGCUCUCCAACCCGCCCUGGGGCCAACAGCAGAGGCCCUUCCCGCAAACCGCCUCAGGUGAAAUGA